GUUAAGCAUCGAUUUGGGCCAAUUUAUUUUCGGAUGGCAUUUUCGUAAUUUCUUGGGCGACGAAAGGCCAUUUUCUUUGGAUAUUGAAGGCUACAGAUCAUGGAUUCGGCCUGAGGCUAUUCUCCAACGAUGAUUGAGUCCAUUAAGCACCGAUUUGGGCGGAAUUAUUCCGGGUCAAUUUUGGGCAGAUUCCAAAGGGACACCAUCACAGAUUUCGGGCGAUUUAUCCGAAAUGCCAUUUUCUUUUGAUUCUGGAGGCUACAGAUCACUGAAUCAGGCGGAGGCUAUUCUCCCCCGAUAAUGAAGUCUAUUGAUCCUAUUCUCCACGGAUGAUAAGUUCGUUAAGCAUCGAUUUGGGCCAAUUUAUUUUCGGAUGGCAUUUUCGUAAUUUCUUGGGCGACGAAAGGCCAUUUUCUUUGGAUAUUGAAGGCUACAGAUCACCGAUUCGGCCUGAGGCUAUUCUCCAACGAUGAUUGAGUCCAUUAAGCACGGAUUUGGGCGGAUAUAUUCCAGGUUAAUUUUUUGCAGAUUCCAAAGGGGUACCAUCACAGAUUUCAGGCGAUUUAUCCGAAAUGCCAUUUUCUUUCGAUUCUGGAAGCUACAGAUCACAGAAUCAGGCGGAGGCUAUUCUCCACCGAUAAUGAAGUCUAUUGAACCUAUUCUCCACGGAUGAUAAGUCCGUUAAGCAUUGAUUUGGGCCAAUUUAUUUUCGGAUGACAUUUUCGUAAUUUCUUGGGUGACGAAAUGCCAUUUUCUUUGGAUAUUGAUGGGUACAGAUCACGGAUUCGGCCUGAGGCUAUUCUCCAAUGAUGAUUGAGUCCAUUAAGCACCGAUUUGGGAUGAUUUAUUUCGGUUCAAUUUUUGGUAGAUUCCAAAGGGGUACCAUCACAGAUUUCGGGCGAUUUAUCCGAAAUGCCAUUUUCUUUCGAUUCUAGAGGCUACAGAUCACGGAAUCAGGCGGAGGCUAUUCUCCACCGAUAAUGAAGUCUAUUGAUCCUAUUCUCCACGGAUGAUAAGUCCGUUAAGCAUCGAUUUGGCCAAUUUAUUUUCGGAAGGCAUUUUCGUAAUUUCUUGGGCGACGAAGGGCCAUUUUCUUUGGAUAUUGAAUGCUACAGAUCACGGAUUCGGCCUGAGGCUAUUCUCCAACAAUGUUUGAGUCCAUUAAGCACCGAUUUGGGCGGAUUUAUUCCGGGUCAAUUUUUGGCAGAAUCCAAAGGGGUACCAUCAUAGAUUUCGGGCGAUUUAUCCGAAAUGCCAUUUUCUUUCGAUUUUGGAGGCUAUAGAUCACGGAAUCAGGCAGAGGCUAUUCUCCAUCGAUAAUGAAGUCUAUUGAUCCUAUUCUCCACGGAUGAUAAGUCCGUUAAGCAUCGAUUUGGGCCAAUUUAUUUUCGGAUGGCAUUUUCGUAAUUUCUUGGGCGACGAAAGGCCAUUUUCUUUGGAUAUUGAAGGCUACAGAUCACGGAUUCGGCCUGAGGCUAUUCUCCAACGAUGAUUGAGUCCAUUAAGCACCGAUUUGGGCGGAUUUAUUCCGGGUCAAUUUUUGCAGAUUCCAAAGGGGUACCAUCACAGAUUUCGGGCGAUUUAUCCGAAAUGCUAUUUUCUUUCGAUUCUGGAGGCUACAGAUCACGGAAUCAGGCGGUGGCUAUUCUCCACCGAUAAUGAAGUCUAUUGAUCCAAUUCUCCACGGAUGAUAAGACCGUUAAGGAUCCAUUUGGGCCAAUUUAUUUUCGGAUGGCAUUUUUGUAAUGUCUUGGGCGACGAAAGGCCAUUUUCUUUGGAUAUUGAAGGCUACAGAUCACGGAUUCGGCCUGAGGCUAUCUCCAACGAUGAUUGAGUCCAUUAAGCACCGAUUUGGGCGGUUUUAUUCCGGGUCAAUUAUUGCCAGAUUCCAAAGGGGUACCAUCACAGAUUCGGGCGAUUUAUCCGAAAUGCCAUUUUCUUUCGAUUCUGGAGGCUACAGAUCACGGACUCAGGCGGAGGCUAUUCUCCACCGAUAAUGAAGUCUAUUGAUCCUAUUCUCCACGGAUGAUAAGUUCAUUAAGCAUCGAUUUGGGCCAAUUUAUUUUCGGAUUGCAUUUUCGUAAUUUCUUGGGCGACGAAAGUCCAUUUUCUUUGGAUAUUGAAGGCUACAGAUCACGGAUUCGGCCUGAGGCUAUUCUCCAACGAUGAUUGAGUCCAUUAAGCACCGAUUUGGGCGGAUUUAUUCCGGGUCAAUUUUUGCCAGAUUCCAAAGGGGUACCAUCACAGAUUCGGGCGAUUUAUCCGAAAUGCCAUUUUCUUUCGAUUCUGGAGGCUACAGAUCACGGACUCAGGCGGAGGCUAUUCUCCACCGAUAAUGAAGUCUAUUGAUCCAAUUCUCCACGGAUGAUAAGUCCGUUAAGCAUUGAUUUGGGCCAAUUUAUUUUCGGAUGACAUUUUCGUAAUUUCUAGUGUGACGAAAGGCCAUUUUCUUUGGAUAUUGAAGGGUACAUAUCACGGAUUCGGCCUGAGGCUAUUCUCCAACGAUGAUUGAGUCCAUUAAGCACCGAUUUGGGCGGAUUUAUUCCGGGUCAAUUUCUGGCAGAUUCCAAAGGGGUACCAUAACAGAUUUAAGGCGAUUUAUCCGAAAUGCCAUUUUCUUUCGAUUCUGGAAGCUACAGAUCACGGAAUCAGGCGGAGGCUGUUCUCCACCGAUAAUGAAGUCUAUUGAUCCUAUUCUCCACGGAUGAUAAGUUCGUUAAGCAUCGAUUUGGGCCAAUUUAUUUUCGGAUUGCAUUUUCGUAAUUUCUUGGGUGACGAAAGUCCAUUUUCUUUGGAUAUUGAAGGCUACAGAUCACGGAUUCGGCCUGAGGCUAUUCUCCAACGAUGAUUGAGUCCAUUAAGCAUCGAUUUGGGCGGAUUUAUUCCGGGUCAAUUUUUGGCAGAUUCCAAAGGGGUACCAUCACAGAUUUCGGGCGAUUUAUCCGAAAUGCCAUUUUCUUUCGAUUCUGGAGGAUACAGAUCACGGAAUCAGGCGGAGGCUAUUCUCCACCGAUAAUGAAGUCUAUUGAUCCUAUUCUCGACGGAUGAUAAGUCCGUUAAGCAUCGAUUAGGGCCAAUUUAUUUUCGGAUGGCAUUUUCGUAAUUUCUUGGGCGAUGGAAAGGCAAUUUACUUUGGUUAUUGAAGGCUACAGAUCACGGAUUCGGGCUGAGGCUAUUCUCCAACGAUGAUUGAGUCCAUUAAGCACCGAUUUGGGCGGAUUUAUUCCCGGUCAAUUUUUGGCAGAUUCCAAAGGGGUACCAUCACAGAUUUCGGGCGAUUUAUCCGAAUUGCCAUUUUCUUUCUAUUCUGGAGGCUACAGAUCACAGAAUCAGGCGGAGGCUAUUCUCCACCGAUAAUGAAGUCUAUUGAUCCUAUUCUCGACGGAUGAUAAGUCCGUUAAGCAUCGAUUAUGGCCAAUUUAUUUUCGGAUGGCAUUUUCGUAAUUUCUUGGGCGAUGGAAAGGCCAUUUACUUUGGUUAUUGAAGGCUACAGAUCACGGAUUUGGCCUGAGGCUAUUCUCCAACGAUGAUUGAGUCCAUUAUGCACCGAUUUGGGCGGAUUUAUUCCGGGUCAAUUUUUGGCAGAUUCCAAAGGGGUACCAUCAUAGAUUUCAGGCGAUUUAUCCGAAAUGCUAUUUUCUUUCGAUUCUGGAAGCUACAGAUUACGGAAUCAGGCGGAGGCUAUUCUCCACCGAUAAUGAAGUCUAUUGAUCCUAUUCUCCACGGAUGAUAAGUCCGUUAAGCAUCGAUUAGGGCCAAUUUAUUUUCGGAUGGCAUUUUCGUAAUUUUUUGGGCGAUGGAAAGGCCAUUUACUUUGGUUAUUGAAGGCUACAGAUCACGGAUUCGGCCUGAGGCUAUUCUCCAACGAUGAUUGAGUCCAUUAAGCACUAAUUUGGGCAGAUUUAUUCCGGGUCAAUUUUUGGCAGAUUCCAAAGGGGUACCAUCACAGAUUUCGGGCGAUUUAUCCGAAAUGCCAUUUUCUUUCGAUUCUGGAGGAUACAGAUCACGGAAUCAGGCGGAGGCUAUUCUCCACCGAUAAUGAAGUCUUUUAAUCCUAUUCUCGACGGAUGUUAAGUCGGUUAAGGAUCGAUUAGGGCCAAUUUAUUUCCGGAUGGCAUUUUCGUAAUUUCUUGGGCGAUGGAAAGGCCAUUUACUUUGGUUAUUGAUGGCUACAGAUCACGGAUUCGGCCUGAGGCUAUUCUCUAACGAUGAUUGAGUCCAUUAAGCACCGAUUUCGGCAGAUUUAUUCCGGGUCAAUUUUUGGGAGAUUCCAAAGGAGUACCAUCACAGAUUUCGGGCGAUUUAUCCGAAAUGCAAUUUUCUUUCGAUUCUGGAGGCUACAGAUCACGGAAUCAGGCGGAGGCUAUUCUCCACCGAUAAUGAAGUCUAUUGAUCCUAUUCUCCACGGAUGAUAAGUCCGUUAAGCAUCGAUUUGGGCCAAUUUAUUUUUGGAAGGCAUUUUCGUAAUUUCUGGGCGAUUUAUCCGAAAUGCCAUUUUCUUUCGAUUCUGGAGGCUACAUAUCACGGAAUCAGGCGGAGGCUAUUCUCCACCGAUAAUGAAGUCUAUUGAUCCUAUUCUCCACGGAUGAUAAGUCCGUUAAGCAUCGAUUUAGGCCAAUUUAUUUUCGGAUGGCAUUUAUGUAAUUUCUUGGGCGACGAAAGGCCAUUUUCUUUGGAUAUUGAAGGAUACAGAUCACGGAUUCGGCCUGAGGCUAUUCUCCAACGAUGAUUGAGUCCAUUCAGCACCGAUUUGGGCGGAUUUAUUCCGGGUCAAUUAUUGGCGGAUUCCAAAGGGGUACCAUCACAGAUUUCGGGCGAUUUAUCUGAAAUGCCAUUUUCUUUCGAUUCUGGAGGCUACAUAUCACGGAAUCAGGAGGAGGCUAUUCUCCACCGAUAAUGAAGUCUAUUGUUCCUAUUCUCCACGGAUGAUACGUCCGUUAAGCAUCGAUUUGGGUCAAUUUAUUUUUGGAUGGCAUUUUCGUAAUUUCUUGGGCGACGAAAGGCCAUUUUCUUUGGAUAUUGAAGGCUACAGGCACGUAUUCGGCCUGAGGCUAUUCUCCAACGAUGAUUGAGUCCAUUAAGCACCGAUUUGGGCGGAUAUAUUCCGGGUCAAUUUUUGGCAGAUUCCAAAGGGGUGCCAUCACAGAUUUCGGGCGAUUUAUCCGAAAUGCCAUUUUCUUUCGAUUCUGGAGGCUACAGAUCACUGAAUCAGGCGGAGGCUAUUCUCCACCGAUAAUGAAGUCUAUUGAUCCUAUUCUCCACGAAUGAUAAGUCUGUUAAGCAUCGAUUUGGGCCAUUUAUUUUCGGAUGGCAUUUUCAUAAUUUCUUGUGCGACGAAAGGCCAUUUUCUUUUGAUAUUGAAGGCUACUGAUCACGGAUUCGGCCUGAGGCUAUUCUCCAACGAUGAUUGAGUCCAUUAAGCAACGUUUUCGGCGGAUUUAUUCCGGGUCAAUUUUUGGCAGAUUCCCAAGGGGUUCCAUCACAGAUUUCGGGCGAUUUAUCCGAAAUGCCAUUUUCUUUCGAUUCUGGAGGCUACAGAUCACGGAAUCAGGCGGAGGCUAUUCUCCACCGAUAAUGAAGUCUAUGUAUCCUA